AUAUGUUUUUUUUUUCUUUUCUCUGUUACAAUUUUGCUGCCUUGAAACUCUUCUUUUUCCUCCGCAACAAUUUUCUCGGUCGAUCACUUUUUAUUUUCUCGGUGAUUUUCUCUCCCGCCAAACAUUCGCCAAUCCUCUAUCCUUCGACUUUAAAUCCUUGCGAUCGCUUUAAGAUUCUGUCUCUCCUCUAACCGAUCUCUCUUUUGUUUCUCCUUCUCACUCAUUCACUGUGACACCUCUGAGUUAGUCGUGGUUGUGCUUUGUUUGUAUGCAUAAAUGCCAGUUGCAAAACUCAAGGCAGCCAAUUCUGCAAAUUUAAUGAAAUCAGAGGAUCUAAAUGAUUCUUUGGACACCUUCAUCAGACAAGCUAUUGGAAAAGAACCUUUCCUUCCCUUCUCAAGGACUGGUGACAGCCCGGUUCAAUGGAUUCAAUUGCUCCAUGCCUUAGACCAACAAGAUAUCCCUGGCUGGCCAUUACUCUCUCCUCUGAAGGUGCAGGCGCAGAAGUGUGAUAAGUGUUCACGAGAAUUUUGUUCACCCAUUAACUAUAGAAGGCAUAUACGUGUGCACCAUAGAUUGAAAAAACUUGAUAAGGAUUCUGCUAAAAAUAGGGAUCUAUUAGCAGCAUUUUGGGAUAAGCUAUCAGAGGAUGAGGCAAAGGAAGUCGUAUCAUUCAAGGAUGUCUUACUGGAGGGAGUUCCAGGAUCUUCAGUUAUAAAAUCAUUGACUACACAUGUAAAGAGGCAGGGGUUUUCUGCUUUGCCACAAGUUUGCUUGAGGGCAGGUUCUGCUCUUCUGGACCUUGUGCAAGCUAGACCUUCAAUAUUUCCAAUAUCUUCACAGGAACUAUUUAGCAUCCUUGAUGAUGCAAGUGAAAGGACUUUUCUUUGUGGCGCAGCUGUGUCAAUGCAAAAAUACAUUUUUGAUGGUGAAGCAGGAAAGAUUGGUCUUGAAACCAAAAAUUUGGUUGCUUGUACCAGCUUCUUGGUGGAACAGAAAUUGGUUAAAGAAUGGCUUGCGGAUAAAGAUGCUGAAGCUUUGAGGUGCCAGAAGUUACUGGUGGAGGAGGAAGAAGCUGCCCAGAAGAGGCAAGUCGAGCUUCUUGAGAGAAAGAGACAGAAAAAGCUUAGGCAGAAAGAGCAGAAAGCAAAGGAACAAAGACACUGGGAGUUGGAAGAAAGUAAGCCGAACAUGGAUGACCUGUUGGAGGUUAACACUCUUGCUGAAACAUCCAGCCCAUCUGCUGUUGAUUCUGAUGGACAAAAUCCCCUCAUGUCCACGGAUCAAAUUAUCCCAUCUGUGGAGCCCAAUCUUUUUUCCAAGCUUGAAGAGAAUGUAGAUUAUGAAAUUCAAACGGGGUUCAGCAAUGGAUAUAGUGAUCCAGGAAUUAGUCAGAAUAUUGAAAGACGAACGGAACAAGUUGGACAUCGGCAUAUAGUUGUCGCUCGACGACAGACUCCGCCUAAUUCACAACGAGGUGUCCUUAAUGAUUUCCAUGCUAGUCAGAAUUCUCAUGGAUUUAAAUGCGGAGGCAUUAACAAGCAUGGAACAAACAGGGAAAGGUUUGCUCCGAUAGGUAAUGGUAAUAAAAUCUGGAGCCAAAAACCUAAAGCAGUAAAUGAAGGGGAGAGUUUGAAAAUUAGAAUGGAGAAACAAGCAGCAAAUCAACUGAAUCAAAAUAAGAACCAUGAGCUUUUAAUUGGUUCUAUAUCUGUCACGCUUGAAAAUUAUAGCAAUCACGAUGGAAACAAUCUAGCUGAAGCAUGUGACAGGAGCCUGGCUGAAUGUCGAAUACCAAAGAACAAUGUUCAGGAGAAAUCCAGCAAACUCGAUCCUGUUCAGGGUGUUACGAACCGAUCGACUAUAAAGUUUUGGAGGCCAGUGAGUCGACAUGAAAGCAAAAGUUCAUCGCCAGUCCAAAAUGGUGCUAGUGAAUCUGAAGUGCAAGUGAUUGCUGAGAAAGAUGGAGCGCGUACCUCUUCCAAUGAAACCUGUUUAAGGUCCUGUUCAACAGAUGGUAUUGAUGGUGUGGUAAGCAUGGAUCUCAUUUCAACGUUGAAGGAAAGUGUACAACCAGAGAGCUCGCAGUUCGACAGUCAUACUGCCAAGGCCAUUCUUGCUCAGAGGUGGAAGGAAGCUCUUGCAGGCGAACACGUGACAUUGGUUCUCACCCCGAACCUUGAUCCUCCAGGGUGCUCAGAAAUUGAAGCUGAUUCAUCCGAAAAGUUGGUGGUUAAGGCAAGGGCUUUCGAGGCUUCAACUGCCGGACCUGCCCGAGGCAAGUUCAGAAGAAAGCCGGAAAAGGGUGCAAAGAUAAAGUACAUUCCGAAACAAAGAUCCGCCACCUAAGAGGAGGUAACAUGGGAAUUUUUGUUCUUUUUUGAGGUUAUGCACAGUUUAGCGAAUCAUCUUCAUAUUCUUACCAGAGGUUCCAGUUUUACCAGUGGUCUUCUGUCGAAAAAAAUUAAGAAAAUUUUGCUGGAAAAUGUUUUAUAAUUCCCUUUUUUUUUUUCUUAAGGUGGUAUAGCAAUUUGACUAGUCUUUUAAGUUUUUCUGGUUCUUGCUAUUUUUUCCCUUCUCUUAAUUGUCCAAAUUUUUGCUGUAAUAAAUUGGGGUUCUUUGCUAUUACAAAAGUACAUUUUUUUAGGGGGGUCAAAGGUGGAUUUUCCAUCUUUUCUUUUGUUUUCUUACUUAUGUCCUGUGCAGACAGUUUACCAUUACUUUUGUUCCAUGUCUUCUUUCUGAUCUUAUAACAGAAAAGCUGCUUAGAACUUAGGACAAACGUGUUAUAAUGUUUGAGCCCAUCAACAUUUGUUUAUUUUCAUGGACUAAUGAUUUGCUCAACGUAA